CCAUUGUGCAAACUGUCUUUGGAGGGCGGGUGGCUCUCGGAAGAGCCUCUAUUUAUGCAUUUCAGCUUGGAUCAGCCAACUCGUGUGUACUAGAGACUCGAGUGUGUACAUGUGGUACCAAAUGCCGUUUACAUACGAUCUUCGGGCAUGGUCCGUUUCUCCGUCAGUCCCCGAGUCCAUUCACCAUUUUACCUGUGUUAACCGCACCGAGCCUGGUCUUCUUCUUGAAGAAACUGCCAACUCUCAAGUGCCAGCCGUAGUCGCUUGGUCGGACGGAAGACCAUAUGGAAGUGAAUCUGAGCAUUGCAGAACUUAGGAGCUGGAAGUUUUUGGGAAGGAACCAUGUCUGUGAUUACGUACUUGGUGCAAAACCAUUUCUGGAUCUUUGCAAUAUGGGUGGUGCCCAUGUCCGUGAUUUACGACCUCUUUUAUCUGGCUUACACCCGAGUGGCAUAUAUAUUCGGUCCUACUUUCGUGAAACACGAAGAGAAAGUCAAGAACGUACAGAAACAGGUUCGCCAAUGGAUGGAAGAAGGCAGCAAAACGCCCAUGUGCACUGCCAGACCUUGCUGGAAGUCAAUCAGCCUUCAGACCAUGAAUUACAAGAACAGGAUGCACAAGGUCCAGAUCAAUAUGCCCGAUAUCAUCCAUUUGGAUGAAGAGAAACGUCUGGUCCGAGUGGAGCCCAUGGUUUCCAUCGGACAACUGAACGACUUCCUAAUCAGCCGUGGAUGGACCUUACCCGUAGUUCCUGAAUUGGACGACCUCACCAUCGGUGGUUUGGUCAUGGGUGGCGGUAUUGAGUCCACUUCCCACAAGUACGGCUUGUUCCAGUACAUUUGUAAGGCCUUCGAGAUGAUCACCGCCGAUGGAUCCGUCGUGUGGACGGACAAGGACAACGAUCCCGAGUACUUUUGUGCCAUCCCCUUCUCGUACGGAACCUUGGGGUUCUUAACCGCCGUGGAUUUGGAUAUCGUCCCAUAUAAACCUUAUAUCAAGCUCACCUAUGAGCCGGUGUACUCUUUGGAUGAGGUGGUUGCCGAAUUUACGAGGGUGACCAAUGACCCAACUGUGGAAUCCGUGGAGGGCAUUAUGUUUAACCUCAAUGAGGGGGUUAUUAUGAAUGGCGUGUUCACGGAUGAAUGCGAGCCCGACAAAUUGAACUAUUUGGCCAAAUGGUACAGCCCUUGGUUUUACAAGCACGUGGAAACUUAUUUGACCAAGCGCCAAAGCGGUGUCGAGUACAUCCCCACGAUUGAUUUCUACCAUCGACAAAAUAAGGCCUUCUUCUGGUUGAUGCCCUACAUCAUCCCAUUUGCCAAUAAUGUUGUGUUUAGGUAUCUCUUUGGAUGGUCGAUGCCGCCCAAGUUUUCUUUGUUGAAAUGGUUGAGAAAAAAUCUCGUGCCCAAGGAGCAGAAUGAGAACUUUGUCUGUCAGGAUUUUGGUUAUGAAUUGGAGAAGCUUCAGGACAGCCUCAAGUUUGUGGAUGAACAAACAAAGGUCUACCCGAUUUGGCUUUGCCCAACCCGCCAUUGCGUUCCCGAGGGACUUGAAUACCUCAACCUGUUCAAAAGAGAAGCCGUUCACGUUGAUGUUGGGAUUUAUGGCUUCAGUCCAAUCAAAGGCUUCAAACCCGAGGCCACGCAGAAGCGUAUGGAGCGUCAUGCCAUCGACACGGGCUGCUACGUGGCUCUCUAUGCCGAGACCCAAUUGACUCGAUCCGACUUUGACGAGAUGUUUGAGUUCAACUUGAGAAACUACGACAAGAUUCGCAAGCGCAUGAACUGUGAGAAGGCCUUCCCUCAUGUCUAUGAGAAGAUCAGCAAGUUGGGAAGAAGUUAACGCACGCACGCACUCACACAUACAAAAAAAGAGAUGCCAAUCACCUUGACGAUGGCCAAUUCAACGCCUUGGAGAGCAAAAUGUUUUAUGCCAAGAAAAACCCUAUUUAAUCCUUAACUUUAUUAUCAUCACGAUCAUCAUCAUAAUCAUAGUUGUUGUUGUUGUAAAGUUUUCGUUUUCCAUCUUCCGAUAUUGGCAAUUAAACCUGCGUCCAAGUUCA